GAGAGAGAGUUGAGUUGAGUUGGCGAAGAUAUUGGAGAGGAAGAUGGAACAAAAUGGUGGAGUGGUAGCUGGGUUGCGUGAAAGGAAUGAACUUGUUCAAGUUAGGCACGGUUCGGAUACUGAGUCUAAACCCCUAAAGAAUUUGAACGGUCAAACCUGUCAGAUAUGUAGUGAUACUGUUGGAUUAACAGUCAGUGGGGAUGUCUUGAUUGCUUGCCACGAGUGUGCCUUCCCACUUUGUCAUUCUUGUUAUGAAUAUGAGCGAAAAAAUGCGAGCCAAUCCUGUCUUCAUUGCAAGACUAGAUACAAAAUUGAAAAAGAUAGUCCUCGAUUGGAGGGAGAUGAUGACAAUGAUGAUGAUGUUGAUGAUCUAGAGAAUGAGUUCAACUAUGGCCAAGGAAAUAAUACCAAUGCAGGGAUGCAAUGGGAAGAAGAUGCUGACCUCUCGUCAUCUUCAGGACAUGAUUCUCAAAUACCGAAUGCCCAUCUUACAAACGGACAGCAGAUGUCUGGUGAGAUUCCAUGUGCUAUUCCUGAUACUCAAUCUGCGCUAACUACGUCAGGUCCUUUGGGUCAAUCUGAAAAGAUUCGGUUGCUUCCCAACGUUGAUGCAAAGAAACCGGUUCUUGAGAGUGAUGAAGAGAUCCGAAGAGUGCCAGAGAUUGGAGGUGAAUCUGCUGGAACUUCAGCCUCUCGUCCAAACACUGGUUCAACUGCUGGUCCGGAUCGUGUUAAGGGGACAGGAGAGGGUCAGAGGAAGAGAGGGAGAAGCCCGGCUGACAAAGAAAGCAAGCGGCUAAAGAGGCUACUGAGGAACAGAGUCUCAGCUCAGCAAGCAAGGGAGAGGAAAAAGGCAUACAUGAUUGAUUUGGAAACAAAAGUCAAAGACUUAGAGAAGAAGAAUUCAGAGCUCAAAGAGAGACUUUCAACUUUGCAGAAUGAGAAUCAAAUGCUGAGACAAAUAUUAAAGAACACAACAGCAAGCAGGAGAGGGAGCAAUAGUGGUACCAAUAAUGCUGAAUGAACUUGAUGACAAAAAUGGCGAAGAAAACUUAGAGCUGGAUUAGAUGUAGAGAGAGCAAAUUAGCAAGAAAGAGAGGAAAAAAAAAAAGAAGUUAAAAAAUUAGUCUUGGUGAUUCUUUCUAGGUGUGCAUUUGGAGUAUCAUGAAGUAAAGAAUGAACCUCAAGACAUGUAUCCUAAAAUGGUGUGGUCUGACGUGGAAUUGCAUUGUUUAUACCUCAUUUUCUUAAUCACU